CGCGCAGUUAUGACGUGUCAUUCGCGAUACCAAGCAUGGCGACCUUCUUCUAACUGGAGCAUGCAUCGGAGCAAUGUUGUUGACAAUAUUGUUUAUUUCCUCUUUGACACCUGAUAUCUUAGCAAGGUACGUUGCCACGGGAAUUUAAAAUAUGCUUCAUUUUACCACGAUUUAGGCGAGACCAAAGCCAUAUAUUGAUCCCUUCUCCUUGUUAAAUUAGAAUAAUUUGACGUAAUGACAGUACAAAUGCCCUGUGCUGGACUUCUUGUUUUAUCUAGACUGGUACGUAUUCACACACACCCUCUUGAACUUUACAGACACAUGUCUGUAAAAUGUAAUUCCAAUAGAGUGGAAAUGAAAAGGUUUUCAACAGGUUGUGUGAAAUGUAGCAAUGAUGACAGAGAGGGCUCCAAAACACAACUACUGACCACCAAGCAGGUAGCUAGGCAAUCGCUGCUGUCCAGGAGAUCUUUAUCUCCCCUCGAGAGGAUAAGUUCCCUGCUUCCACAGGAUGCAUUGGGCCCUGAGGUGAUGCAACUGAGAGAUCAGAACCAUCCACAUGAAGAGGAAACAUAUAUGGAGGAGCACAGCUCAUCUGAUCCCAGUUCAGAUGCAAAAGAUGGACCAUCUUUGAAAGAAAAGAAUUCAGACGAUUGCAAUGAUGUGGCUGCACAGCAGAUGGAAACUACCCUCCAACGAAAGCCCAUUCUUGCAUACGGGGAGCUGCUAGUGGCUGAGUAUCAUAAAAAAGGCUGUGUGGAAUUCAAGAAGAUGUUCCAGCUUCAGCUUGGAACACGUCUUUUGAGCAGCUGGGGGAUUAUCCUGCAUGACGAUAUAGCUGGGCAGCCUGCAGCUCACGUCCAGAGAACAAGCAAGGGGAUCCCCAUCUUCGUACGACGUGCAAGUUUGGAAGAUUACGUGCUGUAUAUGAAGAGAGGCCCUGCUAUCUCCUAUCCAAAGGAUGCCAGCGCUAUGCUGAUGAUGAUGGACGUCACGGAGGGAGAUUAUGUGCUGGAGUCAGGCUCUGGGUCUGGGGCCAUGUCUCUGUUUUUAUCUCGGGCAGUGGGCUCCAGGGGCAGCGUGCUGAGUAUAGACAUCAGAGAGGAUCACCUCAAAAGAGCUAUGCUCAACUACCAACGCUGGAGAGCCGCAUGGAGAGCGCGGCAAGGGGAGGAGUGGCCUGACAAUGUCCAUUUCCAUAAGGCUGACCUUUGUGCGGCUUCACCUCUUCUUGCCCGUCGGGCAUUCGAUGCGGUCGCUCUUGAUCUGAUAAGCCCACAGCUUGUUUUGCCCACUGUGAUUCCACAUCUGCACCCUGGGGCCGUAUGUGCUGUCUACCUCGCCAAUAUAACUCAAGUGAUCGACCUUCUGGAAGGGAUUCGAUGCACAGCGCUUCCUUUGUUGUGCGAACGCAUCUUCGAUAUUCCCACUCGGGACUGGCUUGUUGGUCCUGCCCGUCUUAAAGAUGGGCGCUAUUGCUCGAAGAAAGCACCGAGCCUCAAUGGAGCCCCCGUAGAGGAGGGGAACGCUUCAGUUGAGGUGGAACAAGAUGAAGAUCCAGCCUUUGGGAGUAUCCCAUAUAUUGCCAGGCCUCACCCACAACAGUUGAGCCACACAGCAUUCCUGGUGAAACUGCGGAAGUUUGUGACAUAGCUCCUUAGCGAGUUGGACAAGAAACCAUUGUCGAUGAUAUUUGUUCCUGUGUUUGUAUGGAAAAUUAUUUGUAAAAUAAAGACCAAGAUUUAAGUGACUA